AUGGAAAAAGAAGCGGCGCAGGUGGAGAAUAAUAAGCAAUGCUUUUAUAAGAAAGGGCUGUGGACACCGGAGGAAGAUAGGGCUCUGCUGGAUUACGUUACCCUGCAUGGCCGAGGUCAUUGGAACCGCAUUUCCAUGAUUACAGGGCUAAGGAGGAGCGGGAAGAGUUGCAGGCUGAGGUGGGUGAAUUAUCUAAGCCCCAACGUGAAGCGUGGAGAUUUUUCAGAAGAAGAAGAUGACCUCAUUAUCAGACUUCAUCAUCUCCUUGGUAAUAGGUGGUCCCUAAUAGCUGGAAGGGUGCCAGGACGAACUGACAAUCAAAUAAAGAACCAUUGGAACACCAAUUUGUCCAAGAAGCUUGGGAUUAAAAAAGGAAUUGAUAGAAAAAUGCGAUCAUCAAAUGCAAUGGUUCAACAAGAGGAAGAUCACAAAGGACUAGAGACCCAAGAACACAAAGCAGUGCAUCACCUCCCGCUAUCAUUGCAUUCCAAUAAUAUGUCUAUCAUUAGUAAUCUUCACAAUAGUGCUAACGUUGCAAAAGUUGAGGCCAACAUUGAUGGAGUAGGCAUCGCCAAUAUUGAAGAGCCCAUGAACAAUGCUAUUGUUAACUCUAAUUAUCAUGAGGAGACACAAAUACUGUCACUGCUGGAAAAGGAUAGCUACGAACCCUUCGAAUUUUACCCUUGCCACUUAAACCUUCAUAGCCCAGGCUUCUUGAAUUUUAUUGAAGAAAGCCCUCUUCAUGAUGAUCUCUUAUGGCAUUAG